AGGAGCAAUAAGUAAAACCCCAAAUGAAAUAAUGGUUGUGCCGGUGAGCGAACCCGUGGCGGCAGCGCACGAAGGCCCUGAAAUAAUCGUGUACCCGUCCCAGGGUGUACCUCAGGCUGUCGCUAAAGUCAUCGUUAUUCCCGCCACUCAACUCCAAGUUGCACAAAGAUUACCCGAUGGAAAUGGCGCAAGACCUCAAACUACCAGUCCGUUACCUGUGAGAGUCAGUUCUACUAUACCCAUCGUACCUUUAAAUAGCACUGUGCAUCCAUCAUGCUCUUUUGUCUCCCCUACGGUCUCCUUGUCCACUUCUCUCUCUAUUAAAGGUAAGUCAACGUUUUAUUCCAUUCAUUUCCGUCCAAGGACUUCCCCAUAUAAUAUUAAGUUAAAUCGUCUGGCGUUGGGCGGAGUAAAUAUUUAAAACAUCAUUCACCUUUGCAAUUGAUUGAUACAGCGGGAACAAGCUAAAGUUUAAUUAAUUAAAAAGAUACUUCGUCCGGAUGGCCGGAUAAGUACUUUCAUCUCUUUCCACACCGAGGACUUUCCCGUUGACAAACAAAGAGUAACCAAGUGUAUUUUCGUAUUUGAAUGCGCUGUACGAUAUAUAUACUAUUGUAUAAAACUUUACUGAAUAUUUAGAUAGCGAUAAAUACGAAAACUUUGCGUCCCUGCAAAUCAGUAAUGACUGGUUUAAUCAUUGAUAUUAAAUAUCACUGAUGGAACGAUGUAAUAAUAAAUGAGCGUAACACAUCAUGAUGGAUGAAUUGUAGUUAACAAAUAUGAUAACGGAUUUCUUGAUUGUAUAUAACAUUACUUACUUAUGCCGGGAACCAUCCUGGACCACCCGGACACAGAAUACUACACAGAAGUUCCAUCUCCAUUGUUUUUUUGCGUAAGUGCUAUUCGUCACUCAGCAAGUACCGUAAACAGAAGCAGUACCCCCCUGGAAAUACUCAAAAUGGCGCACGUCCAGGGGGAUGACUGCUUCUGUUUACGGUACUCGCUGAUUGACGAAUCAUGACGAAUAGCGCUUACGCGAAAAACAAUGGAGAUGGACUUCUGUGUAGUAUUCUGUGACCCAGAUGACGUCUUUUCAGGAAUUCCAUCAUGAUAUCUCUAAUUUCUUUGACAUUCUUCAAUCCAGUGUCAGUCUUGAUAUUGCUAAUACUAUGUAAUUGGUGGUCUACACUGGUUUUGAAGUCCAUGACAUGGUUUCUCCCAAAACAUCACUUUUGAGUCUUCUUUGUUCUGACAUCAAUUUAAAUAUAACAAUAUUUAACUUGAUGUCAGGCAUUGUGUCGAUUUCAUCUACCGGCAGACAACGUUUAAAACGUGGCUAAUGUUUACACAGAUCUAGAGUUCAUCCUGUUAAACAUCUAAACAUCAUGACAUUUCACAAAGAGAAGUUAUAUCCUCGUUCAUGUUUUGAGCACAGUAGGGUGUUCAGUGAAAGUUUGUACGUAGUUACCUCCGCCAGGAGGUUAUGUAAUUAUCUGGGUUUGUAUGUGUGUAUGUGUGCGUGUAUGUGUAUGUGUGUGUAUGUGUGUUUGUCUGUGAGCACGAUAACUCAAGAAAUACCAAACAUAUUCAUACGAAAUUUUUUGAAUGCAUUUCCCAUCGGUUAAGGAAGAACUGAAAUUUGGUUGAAUUUGGUCAAAAAUUGAACGAGAAAUGAACAAAAUUUUGUCUUGCUUUUCCCGGUCAAUUAAAAAAAAAUUACUGAAUGCGUAAUUAGGACGUGUAUAAUUUAUGCACGCGAUACUAAGACAAUAAUAAGAUGAUAAACCUCAUUAAACUUCAGCCUUCAUUAUAUAUUGUCUUAGUUGCAUUUCACACGACCGAAAUUCGAUGUGGGCGGAGGUAUGCGCGCAGUCUCUGAAUGCCCUCUAGUUGGAUGACGUUUCCACUAACUAUAGUUAACUUUAAUCACUUUCUUAUAUAACCGGCCCCAGGUCUUUUGUCAGCUAAUGAUUAAUUGAGUUACAAUUAUUCCGCUUUUAUCAUUCUUUGGUAUAUAUUUUCUCUUUAACUAGAUCCUUCGUCAAAUAUCGUGACACACGAUGUAUGUCGUCCAUUUACGCCCAAGGAGUUGUCUAGAAUUGCAAUAAGAAUUAACAGUGUAUGGACGACUGUAGCCGGGCUCACUAACUUGUUUCAAUCCUAUGAUAUUGACAAUAUAUCUUCAAAUACCUCAUUCCAUGAUCCUAUAGAGAAAGCUACCCAAAUGUUGAACAGUUUUAAAUCACGUUUAGGAAAGCGAGAAGAUCUUGCUAAGCUAUUGAGGAGUCGGGGAAAGCUGAUGUAGCCACUAAAGUGCGCAAAGGAUAUUAUAUUGAUAAUUGUAAUGAUGACACUACUGGUCUAGAGGGUGGUCAAGGGUAAUAUUUUCGUAAGCUGUGAAUUGUUAAUACG